AUGGCGGCGGUGGGGCCGCGGACGGGCCCAGGCGCCGGGGCCGAGGCGCUGGCGCUGGCAGCAGAGCUGCAAGGAGAGGCGACCUGCUCCAUCUGCCUGGAGCUCUUCCGCGAGCCAGUGUCCGUCGAGUGCGGCCACAGCUUCUGCCGCGCCUGCAUCGCGCGCUGCUGGGAGCGCCCGGGGACGAGGGCCACCGCCGUGUCCUACACGCUGUCCUUCUCGCUGCCCUGCCCGCAGUGUCGCGAGCCCGCGCGCCCCAGCCAGCUGCGGCCCAACCGGCAGCUGGCCGCGGUGGCCACACUGCUGCGGCGCUUCAGCCUGCCGGCCGGCGCGCCAGGAGAACACGGGCCUCCGGAGGCGGUGGCGGCCGGGUGCGCGCAGCACGGCGAACCGCUCAAGCUCUACUGCCAGGACGACGGACGGGCCAUUUGCGUGGUGUGCGACCGCGCCCGCGAGCACCGCGCUCACGCCGUGUUGCCGCUGGACGAGGCGGUUCAGGAGGCUAAGGAGCUCCUGGAGUCCAGGCUGAAGGUCUUGAAGAAGGAUUUGGAGGACUAUGAGGCCUUUCGUUCCACAGAAGAGAAGGAGAGCAAGGAGCUCCUGAAGCAGAUGGCAGCUGAGCAAGAGAAAGUAGGGGCGGAGUUCCAGGCUCUGCGGGCCUUCCUGGUGGAGCAGGAGGGUCGGCUCCUAGGCCGCCUAGAGGAGCUGUCUCGGGAGGUGACACAGAAACAGAAUGAGAACCUGGCCCAGCUUGGGGAUGAGAUUGCCCAGCUCUCCAAGCUCAGCAGUCAGAUCCAGGAGACAACGUGCAAGCCUGAUCUUGACUUUCUCCAGGAAUUCAAAAACACACUAAGCAGGUGCAGCAAUAUGCCUGCCCCCAAGCCAACCACAGUCUCUUCUGAGAUGAAGAAUAAAGUCUGGAAUGCUUCCCUCAAGACCUUUGUCUUAAAGGGGCUGCUCAAGAAGUUCAAAGAGGAUCUUCGGGGAGAGCUGGAGAAAGAGGAAAAAGUGGAGCUGACCUUGGACCCCGACACGGCCAACCCCCGCCUCAUCCUCUCUCUGGAUCUUAAGAGCGUGCGCCUUGGACAACAAGCCCAGGACCUGCCCAGCCACCCGCGCCGCUUUGACACCAACACACGAGUUCUGGCUUCCUGCGGUUUCUCCUCUGGGAGGCACCACUGGGAAGUGGAAGUGGGCUCCAAGGACGGCUGGGCCUUUGGCGUGGCCCGUGAGAGCGUGCGCCGCAAGGGUCUCACGCCCUUCACCCCGGAGGAGGGCGUCUGGGCGCUGCAGCUCAACAACGGGCAGUACUGGGCGGUGACCAGCCCUGAACGGACGCCCCUCAGCUGUGGGCACCUGUCCCGCGUGCGGGUCGCCCUGGACCUGGAGGUGGGGGCUGUGUCCUUCUACGCUGCAGAGGACAUGCGCCACAUCUAUACCUUCCGCGUCAAUUUCCAAGAGCGCGUGUUCCCUCUUUUCUCUGUCUGCUCCACCGGCACCUACUUGCGAAUCUGGCCUUGA